AUGGACAUGAUUUAUUUUAAUAAAGGGAAUUAUAUCAGUUAUAAUUUAGGUCUUACUUUAUAUAAAUUGAAAAGAUAUGAAGAGGCCACAGAUUGUUUUAUUAAGGCAAGCUAUGUUGAAUCCAAAUAGAUAGAAGCAUUAAUUUAUUAGGGUUAAUUUAGUAUUUAAAUAAUUUAGGUUAAUCAUUAUAAAGGUUGUAAAAGCAUAAGGAAGCAAUAUAAUGUUUUGAUGAGAUAUUAAAUAAAGGUUUUUAGAGCGAAAAAAUCUAUUAUAAUAAAGGUUUUUUGGAAUUUCUUUAAUAAUAGGAAAAUCCCUAUAUUUUUUAGGAAUUUACAUUUAAGCUGUUAAAUGUUUUGAUUAGGCUUUAUAAAAGUGUUAAAAAUUGCCAAAAGUUUAUUAAUUAAAAAGUAUGAUUAUCUAUAAAUAUUUUGCAUUAAAAUAGGUGAGGCUUUAAAAUACUUGGGGAAAAUUUAUGAAGCUAACAAAUGUUUAGAAAUAUUAAAGAUAUUGAAAGAAGAAAAAAUUAAUGACUCUAAUAUAAUGUCAACAUCGUCUUCAUAACCAGCUAGUAAUUUCAAUAAAAUAAAUUGA